AUGCAGCCUGGAAGAAGUACUCUCGGAGUUGUAUCCACGGAGCAUCGGUGUGUUGAUGACAUGUUCGACGUUGGUGGUGUGUUUGCACAUUACUUCUCGGUGUACUCUGUUCUCGUUCGGGUCCAAUCGUGUAAAAUCAUUCCUUGGUUGUUCCGUGUUGCCGAUAAGCCGCAGCGAACCUUCUUCCGUCUGCUUAUAGUGAUGUCGGGUCGAAUGGUGAAAACAUUACGGUUAGAAAGAGACUUCCGGCAUCUUAAGAAAAUUUUUGUUUGA